AUGAGAGGCGCGCUUGGCCUCGACAGCGUGGCCUCGAUCGGCGGCAUGCGGGAAGAGGACAUGCGGAUCCAGGCUCUCCUGAUCCACCUCAUCGCCGGCUUCCCCGUGCCCACGGAGCCUGGGGCGGCGGGCGCGGGGCUGCCUCCGGCCGUCGCCUGCGGCGUGCGGCGCGUGCCCCUGCGGAUGUACAGGUCCUUGGUCCGGAACGACGACGACAGCCCGCUCGCCUUCAGGCUCGCGCCCUGGUUGGACGCGCUUUGGUUUGCGGCGGCCCCGGCGCCGCGGGCGCUCGAGGUGCUCCCAGCACUGCUCCUGCCCAUGCCCGUUCCUCUCUCCGCCGCCUCCCUCUCUGUGCCCGCCGUGCUGCUCGCCGCGGGCUGUGCGGACAUGAGCUCCAUGACCAUUGGGUCGUCCCGGCAGCAGACGUUCCAGGUGACGCGGCGCUGGAAGCGAGCGCCGGGCUCCGACGCGCGCCCCGCAGAGCGAGAGCCGGCCUGCCGCGCGAGGCCGGCCUCGCGCGAGGCCGGCCUCGCCCGAAGGGUCGUGUCUGUGGGGGAUCUGCACGGCGACUUCGUGCAGACGCGCCUGAUAUUGAGGGAGCUGGGGCUGAUGCCGAGGAAGAAGGGCGAGUGGACCGGAGGUGACACGGUGCUAGUGCAGACGGGGGACGUCGUGGACAGCGGGGGCGACGAGUCCGGCCCCAUCUUCGAGGCUCUCUUCCGCCUCCAGGAUCAGGCCCCGGCCGCCGGCGGGGAGGUGAUCCUGCUCCUGGGCAACCACGAGCUCAUGAACCUCGAGGGCGACUUCCGCUACGCGACGCCCGGGGACACCCCUGUGCCCUCUUCUGCCCUCGGCGUGCCCGCGGGCGACCGGGCGCGGGCCUUCGGCCCCGCCGGCUGGGUCGGCGCGCGCCUCCGCGAGCGGGGCCGCGCCGUGGCGCUGGUGGGCCCCGAGCGCGGGCUGCAGCGGAGCGUGCUGUUCGUGCACGCCGGCGUGCUGCCCGAGAUCGCCGAGGCAGCGGGCGGGUCGUCUGGACGCGGCCUGGAGGAGGCGCUGAACCGCGCGCUCGGGAAGGCCAUUUCUGGCGACGCGGACAGCAUCCGCUUCUCGAACUCCGUGCUCCUCUCUAACGACGGCCCCUUCUGGACCCGCAGGUUGGCGCUCGGCUCCACGCAGGGCGCGCGGGGCGCGUGCGCGGAGCUGCAGCGGAGUCUCGACGCCUUCGGCGCCGCGCGCAUGGUCGUCGGCCACACCGCUCAGGCCGACGGCAGGGUGCACCACCGGUGCGACGGCCGGCUGAUUCUCGGGGACACGCUGAUCUCGGCCGCGUACACUGGCACGCCGCACCCCUCCGCCGUGGAGUACCUGCCGGACGGGAGCGCGUUCGCGCUGUACCCGGGCACCGGCGGCCGCUCGGCGCUUCCCACGCCGCAGGCCGGGGCGGGCGCCGAGGACGCCUGA